CAGACACUCAUGGUGAUUGGUGCAGAGAAUGCUUGAUGAACAGGUUAGUACCUGCUUUACAUCUCAUUAGAGACCCGAGAGUAGAGGAAACAGCCGUCAGAUCACAGAGCAGAGCAGAAGUAUGAAGUUUAACACAGCGCUGAGUGUUGCUGCAAUCAUAUUUCUGAACAUAGCAGGUUCUCUCUGCCAGUUAGAUGUAUGUGGUCAAGCCCCCCUCAACAAUAAGAUUGUUGGAGGGCAGGAUGCAACGACAGGUUCUUGGCCGUGGCAAGUCAGCAUUCAAAGCCCCACAUUUGGAGGCCAUUUCUGUGGUGGGAGUCUAAUCAAUAAAGACUGGGUUUUGUCUGCAGCUCACUGCUUCCAGAGCUCAAUUACUACCAUUGAGAUCUAUCUGGGACGUCAGAGCCAGUCAGGCUCAAACCCUAAUGAAGCUUUCAGGACAGCGAGUAGAGUCAUCAACCAUCCGGACUAUUCUGAUCCUACCCAUGACAAUGACAUAGCACUGCUCCGGCUCUCCUCAUCAGUGACUUUCUCUGAUUACAUUAAGCCAGUCUGUCUGGCGGCUGCUGGUAGUGUAUUUGCUGCAGGUUCUGACAGCUGGGUCACUGGAUGGGGAGCACUAAAGUCUGAAGGUGCGGCUCCUGACAUUCUGCAGGAGGUGAUGAUACCAAUUGUGAGCAACAGCAACUGUGAUGAUGCUUAUGGCGCUCUUAAAAUAACAAGCAAUAUGAUUUGCGCUGGACUGUUAAAUGAGGGAGGAAAAGAUUCAUGUCAGGGAGACUCCGGAGGUCCACUGGUCAGUAGGAACGGCUCCCUGUGGAUUCAGUCUGGUGUUGUGAGUUUUGGUAUUGGAUGUGCAGACCCCAAAUAUCCCGGUGUGUAUGCCAGAGUCUCUCAGUACCAGGACUGGAUCACCUCUACCAUUGGCAGCAACCAACCUGGAUUUGUCGAAUUCAACAACAAUGCAUUCAUAAACUCACCCAACCUCCUUUUAUUUUCAGUUUCUCUCACACUCUCCAUCAUUCCCUUCAUAAGAUCCCUAUAUCUCUCUUGUUAGAGAUCAUUUGAAGGAGAGUUCUCAAGGUUCUUUUUUUUAAAGAGAAUAAUUGUGUUUUACAAGUUUUUAUAAAUAUGUGAAGAAGGUGCAUAGUUAUAUUGUUGUUUAUUCUUUAUCUUUUUAAAAAUACUAUUCUUGGAAAGCUACACUUUAUUGCACAUUAAUGGAGUUAAGCAAGCUUUUACCCUCAGAAUGUUUGCAUAAUGAGUUUGUGAUAUUUGGCUUAAAUACAAGACAUAAAUGAUGCUUGCGAUUAUAAUGCAUAGCUAAUUAUUGUUGUCCCUGUGACCGGUUUUUUUUUUUUUUUUUUUUGAGAUUUUUUCUUGACUGGUUGUAUUUCUUUUCAAAUGCACUGCAGACACUUUAGUAUAAAAGUUUUAUAUUAUUUACAAUAACACUUAAUCACAGGGUCUUAACCGUAAUAAAAGCAUGUGUGCUCUGCAUUGUGUUUAGAGAGACUGGUUAUUGAAAAUGUAACCAGUAAAAAAAGCUUCUGAGAAUUGA